GACCGACCAGCCAGCCAAGCGGCUACCGAACUAUGCAGCCAGUCAACGGGCCAUACCUCUGAGUACAUGUUAUUCAUUCUGCUUCAGUUCUGCUUCAUAUUGUGCCUCAGCGAUCUUUUACUUUAGUCGAUUUGUUGAGAUUGUAUCUACCUUUUAAAUUCCAGUCCAUGUUUGAUUUUGCACAUAUAUUUAAAUAGGAUUACAUUGGUCCAUCGCUUAGGGGUAAUGUUCAAUUGGAAUUUUAGAAUGCGUUUUCUGCUGAAUCGAUUUUCUUGAGUUAUGACACUCGUUAUACUCUCGCUAUUGUUUGUUUGACGUCUUGGUUUUCUUUGCGAAACAAAGGCCCGUGUUCAAGUCAAGAUGAAGACUUAAAAAGCGCGGAGGGAUAGCAUAGAGGGGCAGACAGACCACCAUUCAUGCACUGUGAUUUGUUGUUGAAACGCCUAGUACGUUGCGCAGCCGCACUUUAGCGCUGUACAACACAGCUCAUCAUCGCCGCCGCCCCACAGACAAGGCCUGGCUGUGGCAGCUGCGCUCAGCAGUGAAAGAUCUAACUUCAAACGUCUAACAAUCAUCCACAUCAAAACUGAAAGCAAGCUCAUGCUAAGCCGCAAUAAAGUUUCAGUUUCAUUUUACUGCUGGUCAUGAACGGUUGUCGUGGAAAGAAGAUAAAACUUGGUGUCGGAACAAUACUCAGUUACUUUAUAUGAACGGCAGUCUCUUCGACGUUUCCAUUCCAGACGCCGAGCGGAAAAUGUUAAUAGGCAACUGCACGCUUGAUGACCUGACACACACUACUGUUCGUAACGCAAGCGGAAACAUUGAGACGACAGCGAAAAGUUCUUCCGAGAUUUCACAUUGUUUGAACGCUCACGUCCGUUACUCGGCUCGCAAUUUUCUUGCUUUCGAUCCGGAGCUCAAUCUUGGUCUUAUUUGAAAUGGUCGGUUGCUAGUGAAGUGUGUCCAUAGGAAGUGUUGUAAUAAUCGAAAUUAAUGAAUGGAACGUAACUCGAAAUAAAAUUCAAGUAUUUGCAAAACAGCAUAGAGCACACGCUAUUGGUGUGCGGCGGGUGUACGACGGCGGCAGCACUCCAACAUCGAUAUGAAAAUACAUAUGUACAUAUGUCUGUAAAAAUGGCAAUGACAUGAAAGAUAGAAACGGGUCGAAAAUGUAAACGCCGGUUACUUUGAGAACGUUUCCACUUAAGCAAGUGUGUUUGUGUGUGUGUGUGUGUGAUAGUGUUUGUUUUUCUGUCGUAUCUGAUAGACCAAAGACUCGAGAAGCUACUGAACCAAAACGUAAUGUAUUGCACCAAAGACUGUAAUUGUAGUCUGUGUCGGGAAUUGCGGGGAUUCAAGCCGGGAAAAGGCGUUAAGAAACCUGCACCCCGGCCUCCUGUCACUUCAUCGAUAUUCGGCCGUUUGAAUGAAAAUUUUAUUUUGCGUCGGCGGGCUUCGAGCUCCAUCAAGACAUUUCAGCCGCAGUCGUUGAAAUGCAGCGAAAUGUGUCAACAACGUGAUAUCGGCCAGAUUUAUGAUUUUUGUCGACGCCAAACCCAGACUCCGUCGCCCACGCCAGUGACUCAGGCCCCUCCCUCGCCCCAGUCAAUCCGAAGCAUCGAGAACGGAGGCUGCAAGCCACAAACGCCGCCCAAACCCAAUCACAAGGUUGUCAUUUACUUUGGCGACUCGCUAGCUUACCGCGGCAACAAGAGCAGCACAGAUGAGGCAGUGUCACCGACACCGAUCGCAUUGCAACUCAAUACCAGCGAUCUCGUUUCGCACACACAGAAUGAGAACACGCCAACAACGAACGCUGAGCUGCCACCUUACAUUGAGAGUGUGCAGAAUGGUGUAAUUAAUAUUAAGAUUGAAGGCAACUAUCAGCAAGCAACUGCCCUAGUCGACAAGGUGUCUAGGCCCUGUCAAGCGCUUGUUGGCAAGCCCAGGGAUAACGAGGAUAAUCCAACGGACGAUGAUGAGGACGACGACGAAGGCAGCGCCGGCGGUCAUGAGCGUAGCGACGAGGAGGACGCAGCUGUUGGCGUUGGCGAUUGGAGUUUCGUUCAAGGAUGGCGUGCACGACCGGUGGGUAACAUACGUCCUGAUUUAUGCAGCCAGCGUACCAGCGCCCCUUUUUCCUAUACAUCUGGCUUGCCGGCAACCCCAACUUCCAGUGCCAACAUGACUCAAGUAAAUGCAAGUGGCUUACAAAGCUGCUCCACAAGCUCCGUACGCAUUCACAGUCCGGCUGUGGCAACACCAGCUCCACGCAUACCUAAGGAAGUGGCUCAACGACCGCUGACAAAUUUAGGUGGUCAAAGCGAGGCCAAUGCUGGUCCCUUAAAACUGUCGACACAUGUCCCUCCAUAUUUGGAAAAUGGACAAACCAAGAUGGACGUUAGGACCUUAUCGCAAAAUGGUAAUACGGGAAAGAUGGGACCGCAGCGGGCUAUAUCAGGGCCAUCCCGGCUCACAGCACAAAGUACACCGGUAAGGUCGCAGCCGCCAAUGCUGAGUGGCAGCCUCUGUCAACAACCAACCAAUACGUGUGGUACGACCAAAUGCUCCGAUCGAAGCGCAUACGACUUCAGUGCAGCUGGUAUUGGCAUACCAAUUGAGAGGAGUUUUCAGCCAAAUUCUAGCAAUGCGUCGAAAGGGAAUCAUCCCACUCGAACUCAUCACCACGAGUUUCGGGCUUUGGAACGUGUAAAGGAGUGUCAUAGCUCCUCGGAUGAGAAUCGAUCAUCUGGUCAUGCCAGCAUGUCGGACACCGGUGGUCAUGGCAGUUCCUCGCCCGGUGGUGUUGCGCUGUGUCCUCUGCCGGAGGAUCGUUUGGCGGCAGCAGUCACCAAUCGAAGCACUCGCUCGCGUACGACAACAAACCACUCGCGAGCAAGACAUCGAGCCACCCCCGCAAAAGCACCAUGGAGCGGUAAUGGUCUGGAAGACAUAAAACUCGCCAUACAGCAACUGACCAUGAGGUCUCAAACAAGUACCAGCACAUACAGCAGUAUCAGUUCUGAGAGCUCAGAACCGGCCAGACGACUAGGCCGCUAUGCCUCCUUGGAGACGGUGAAUACCAAUGUAACCAGCGCCGACGAGUUUGUAUGGGUUGACUCCCACAAUCGCUUGGUGGAACUGCAACACCCGCCCUGGAGUCAACACUGCAUUGUCAAAGUGUUGCGAGACGGGCGAUGUAAGGAGUACGCUGACCGAGUGGCGCCCGAUGCCUUAUCCCGUCUCGGUUAUUUGUUGCAGAGGGCAUUGGUGCGCAUAGCCCGAGAAAUACAAAGACUAUCUUCGAAUAUGGGUCUUUGUUCCAAGCAAGAAGUAGCUGGGGCCUUCAAGAUAGUGCUCUGUCCCGCACUGGCUGAUUCCUGUAUAAAGGCGUGCCUUCGUGCGGCUGCCAUGUUCGCGGUGCCGGGUGACAGUGCGCUAAAACAAAGCAAAUCAUCUCGAGCUGGCAUACAGUUGUCAGUGGGAAGAUUCCAUCGAUGGAUGACUGACUCCAGGUUAGGAAAAUUCAUCCACGAAUACGCCGCUGUGUACCUUUGUGCAGGCAUGGAAAACCUCCUGGAAGAAAUACUACUUCAAUGUUUUCCCGCCGACUCAAGCCAACAGUUGACAGCUGCCGCUCUGGAACAUGCAAUAUCGCUAUCUGGUGAUAUGUGGGGUCUUCUGCAGCCCUUUGCACACCUCAACGCAGGACGAAUAGCUUCGGGAGCGUUGACUAUGCCGCGAUGGGCAAGUCAGACAUCAUUGGGCUCGGGCACACAUAGGAGUGGUUCCUCGAGUGGGAGCAGUAAUGUUGCAAUGGAAUGUUUGCUAACAACCUGCGUUGGCAGCAUUUCGGAACUGAAGGAUCUGGCCCAAAGAGCACAGCAGAAAUUCCAACAAUGUGCCAUCUCCAGUGCUGCCCUUUCAGCGCUUUUCUACUUUAUGAGAUGUUCCCAGCUGGAGCACAGUGAAUUCUCCGGACAGCCAUUGGCCGGAGCGGCCAAUAGCAACAACAGCAAUGCGAACAGCACCCAGAACAUUCAGGAAUUGUGUUACGAGCGAGCGUAUGUGGUGUUGCCGCCAUUGGUCGAAUGGCUUCGAGUCGCCUCCGCACAUGCCGAAUAUAGGAAUUCCGCAAUGAUCGACAAAGACGAUAUAAUGCAAGCGGCAAGACUCCUUCUGCCGGGCGUAGAUUGUCCGAUGCGGCCAGUGUGCAGCGACGAAGAAUUGACCACCAAGAAGUCCCACUUCCCCCAUUUGGCAAACGCCGCUGCAUUGCCUUCAAACGGAAGUGAAGAUUCCACGGAUCUGGGCAAGCGUGCCACCAUUGCCCUGGCCUUCAAACUAAUGUUGACCGGAAGGGCUGAACUUCUAGCCCAGGCCUCGAACUUGUUACCUGUCACGACACGCUAUGAUACCCUCAAUCACGCAGGGAUGACAGCAUUGAUGAUCGCAAGUAUACGCAAUGAUGAGGUAGUGGUUCAAGCCCUUCUGGAUGCUGGCUGCGAGCCAAACAUAGAAGUACCCGCAAUUGGAAAUCCCAACUACCCUGCCAUACACCCCGACACCCAGCACUGGACGGCAGUGACAUUUGCAGCGAGUCGAGGCAAUUAUGCCGCUCUGCGAGUCCUGUUGGAGCGCGGCGGUAAAGUAGAAGGAGGCGCCCGGCAAAGUGAAGACAAACAUACGUUGACACCGUUGCAGGUUGCAUGUGGAUCGGGUAACCUUGAGGUGGUGUCGCUUUUGUUACUACACGGAGCGAACGCCUUUCUCUCCACCCAGCAGAGGGACUCAAUGAGUUUUGCUGGGUCUGCCCAACGGGGAUGUUAUUGUGCAAUGUCAGUCGCAGCAGCCCAUGGUCAAAGGUCCGUGCUGAGGAAGCUUCUAUCGACGCCAAUUUCGCAGGGCUCAAAGGAUGUACUGUCUUUGGAGGAAAUGCUAGCUGAGGGCGAUUGUUCCAGUACCAGAGCCGGACCCGUUGCCGAACGAUUGUCCAACAGCGAAAUUGCCACGGCCCUGAGCAAAACCCAAAUCAAAAGCCUCCAGGAAGCCAUGUACCACAGUGCAGAAAACAAUCAUUUGGAUAUCACCAUUGAGCUGAGAACACUGGGUGUUCCCUGGACACUGCAUUGUUGGAUGCACGCUCUGGCAGCGGCGCAUGAGUUACGCCUGGAGGGCGUGAUAGACCAGCUCCUGCAGGACUUUCUUCAAGUCUGUCCAGACGACUACAGUGUGCAAUUUGUUGGCGAGUGCCUGCCCCUGCUCUUCAAUAUAUUUCGUUAUAGUAAGAAUGAGGGCACAACCCUGCUGCUGGCCGACAUUUUUGCCACCUGCUAUGGCUGGCAACAGAUCAAACCGAUUAUGGAGCCCCCGUCACAGCCCAUCAACAGUUCCCGGAUUGACCCGAAAUUCGUAAACAAUCCCGAAUUGAGCGACGUUAUCUUCAGGGUCGAGGGCAAGCUGUUCUAUGGUCACAAAAUUGUGUUGGUCACGGCUUCCCCGCGGUUCCAGAGCAUGCUCAGCUCGAAAUUGAGCGAAAAUAGCACCCCGACGGUGCAGAUAAACGACAUCCGCUACCACAUUUUCCAGUUGGUGAUGCAAUACUUGUACAGUGGUGGCUGUACCAGCCUCGACGUCUUAAAAACCGACGUACUGGAGUUAAUGGCGGCAGCCAGUUUCUUUCAAUUGGAAGGUCUUCUACGCUACACCGAAUCGAGGUGUUCGGAAAUGAUAGACAUUGACAAUGUGGUUGCCAUGUACAUUCAUGCCAAGGUUUACAAUGCCAACAAACUGUUAGAAUUUUGUCAAGGGUUUCUAUUGCAGAACAUGGUGGCCCUGCUGACCUAUGACGAUUCUGUCAAGAGACUACUCUUCGCCAAGAAGAUUCCCAACCACGAUGUCCUGAUCGGACUGUUGCAGGCCCUGCAGCAACGCAUCAAAGAACGAAAAUCAAUGGGUCCGUGCAACUUUCGCCAACAACUCAGUUCGCCGUCGGUUUCGGCCACAUCAGCCUCGGCAGCAGGCGCAACAAAAUGAGCAACUCCAGCCGGUCGAACUUCCUAAAAGACUCUGUUGAACAGUUUUAGUUA